GGGCUCCAAGAUGGCUUUGGCCGGGCUGUGCUCGCUGCUGGCCGGCUGCUGCCUGGCCGCGGGCAGCGGCCCCGCCGAGGCGGCGGCGGAGGCGGCGGCCAAGGAGCUGGAGUGCAAGCUGAAGAGCAUCACGGUGUCGGCGCUGCCCUUCCUGCGGGAGAACGACCUCAGCAUCAUGCACGGCCCCUCGGCCGCCGAGCCCAAGCUGCUCUUCUCAGUCCGCAACGACUUCCCCGGCGAGAUGGUGGUGGUGGACGACCUGGAGAACACGGAGCUGCCCUACUUCGUGCUGGAGAUCUCAGGCAACACGGAUGACAUCCCCCUGGUGCGCUGGCGGCAGCAGUGGCUGGAGAAUGGCACGUUGCUCUUCCACAUCCACCACCAAGAUGGGGCCCCCAACCUGCCCGGCUUCGACCCCACAGAGGAGCCGCAGACCGAGUCGGCAGAGGAGGAGCUGAGGAUCCUCCACAUCUCCGUCAUGGGAGGGAUGAUCGCCCUGCUGCUCUCCAUCCUCUGCCUGGUGAUGAUCCUCUACACCCGCCGGCGGUGGUGCAAGCGGCGCCGGGUGCCGCAGCCGCAGAAGAGCGCGAGCGCCGAGGCGGCCAACGAGAUCCACUAUAUCCCAUCGGUGCUGAUCGGGGGCCACGGGCGGGAGAGCCUGCGCAACGCCCGCGUGCAGGGCCACAACUCCAGCGGGACGCUCAGCAUCCGAGAGACCCCCAUCCUGGACGGCUACGAGUACGACAUCACCGACCUGCGGCACCACCUGCAGCGCGAGUGCAUGAACGGCGGGGAGGACUUCGCCAGCCAGGUCACCCGCACGCUGGACUCGCUGCAGGGCUGCAACGAGAAGGCCAGCAUGGACCUCACGCCAGGGAGUGAUAAUGCCAAGCUGUCCCUGAUGAACAAGUACAAGGACAACAUCAUUGCCACCAGCCCCGUGGACUCGAACCACCAGCAGGCCACGCUGCUGUCCCACACCUCCAGCAGCCAGCGCAAGCGCAUCAACAACAAAGCGCGAGUGUCCCCUGCAGCUGGCUCAGCAUUUCUCAACCCCGAGGGGGACUCAGGGACAGAGGCGGACACCGAUCCCCAGCUGACCUUCUACACAGACCCCUCGCGGAGCCGGAGGCGCAGCCGAGUGGGGUCCCCCCGGAGCCCUGUGAACAAGACCACCCUGACCCUCAUCAGUGUGACGAGCUGUGUCAUCAGCCUGGUGUGCUCUUCCCACAUGAACUGCCCCCUUGUUGUCAAGAUCACCCUCCAUGUCCCUGAGCACCUCAUCGCUGAUGGGAGCCGGUUCAUCCUGCUGGAGGGGAGCCAGCUGGAUGCCAGCGACUGGCUGAACCCAGCCCAGGUCGUCCUCUUCUCCCAGCAAAACUCCAGCGGGCCCUGGGCCCUGGACCUCUGCGCCCGGCGCCUCCUCGACCCCUGCGAGCACCAGUGUGACCCCGAGACUGGUGAGUGUCUCUGCUAUGAAGGAUACAUGAAGGACCCUGUGCACAAGCACCUCUGCAUCCGGAAUGAGUGGGGAACGAACCAGGGGCCUUGGCCAUACACCAUUUUCCAGCGUGGCUUUGACUUGGUGCUGGGCGAGCAGCCAUCUGACAAGAUUUUUCGGUUCACCUAUACCCUGGGGGAAGGCAUGUGGCUGCCCCUGAGCAAGAGCUUCGUCAUCCCACCAGCUGAGCUGGCCAUCAACCCCUCAGCCAAAUGUAAGACGGACAUGACAGUGAUGGAGGAUGCAGUGGAGGUCAGGGAAGAGCUGAUGACCUCCUCCUCCUUUGACAGCCUGGAGGUCCUUCUUGACUCCUUCGGCCCUGUCCGUGACUGCUCCCGGGACAAUGGGGGCUGCAGCAAGAACUUCCGCUGCAUCUCGGACCGCAAGCUGGACUCGACGGGCUGUGUGUGCCCGACAGGACUGAGCCCCAUGAAGGACGGCACAGGCUGCUACGACCGUCACGUCGGCGUGGACUGCUCCGAUGGCUUCAACGGGGGCUGCGAGCAGCUGUGCCUGCAGCAGAUGGUCCCUCUGCCUGAAGACCCCCUGCUCUACAACAUCCUCAUGUUCUGUGGGUGCAUUGAGGACUACAAGCUGGGCACGGACGGGCGGUCGUGCCAGCUCAUCUCAGAGUCGUGCCCCGAGGCGGGGGACUGUGGGGAGCCCCGCGAGCUGCCCAUGAACCAGACGCUCUUUGGGGAGAUCUUCUAUGGCUACAACAACCACUCCAAGGAGGUGGCACCAGGGCAGGUGCUCAAAGGGACGUUCAGGCAGAACAACUUUGCCCGGGGCCUGGAGCAGCAGCUGCCAGAUGGGCUGGUGGUGGCCACGGUGCCCUUGGAGAACCAGUGCCAAGAGGAGCUCUCUGACCCCACACCUGACCCCGAGUUCCUCACCGGGAUGGUGAACUUCAGCGAGGUGUCCGGGUACCCUCUCUUGCAGCACUGGAAGGUGCAGUCUGUCAUGUACCACGUCCGGCUCAACCAGAUGACCAUCUCCCAGUCCUUCAGCAAUGCCCUCCACUCCCUGGAUGGGGCCACCUCCCGUGGAGAUUUUGUGGCACUGCUGGACCAGUUUGGCAACCACUACAUCCAGGAGGCAGUGUAUGGCUUUGAGGAGUCCUGCUCCAUCUGGUAUCCCAACAGGCAGGUCCAGCGGCAGCUCUGGCUGGAGUACGAGGACAUCAGCAAAGGCAACUCGCCCUCGGACGAGUCAGAGGAGCGCGAGCGGGACCCCAAGGUGCUCACCUUCCCCGAGUACAUCGCCAGCCUCUCCGAGUCGGGCACCAAGCGCAUGGCAGCCGGCGUGCGGAUGGAGUGCCAGAGCCGCGGGCGCUGCCCCUCCUCCUGCCCGCUCUGCCACGGCGCCGCCAGCCCCGACGCGCCAGCCGAGCCCAUCCUGCUGGAGGUCACCAAAGCAGCCCCCCUCUAUGAGCUGGUCACCAACAACCAGACCCAGCGGCUCCUGCAGGAGGCCACCAUGAGCAUGCUGUGGUGCUCAGGCAGCGGGGACGUCAUUGAGGACUGGUGCCGCUGUGACUCCAGUGCCUUCGGGGCUGACGGGCUGCCCACCUGUGCGCCUCUCCCCCACCCCAUCCUGCACCUCUCCACCGUUCACGAGCCCAGCAGCACACUGGUGGUUCUGGAGUGGGGGCACUCAGAGCCCCCCAUCGGGGUGCAGAUUGUCGACUACCUCCUCCGUCAGGAGAAAGUCACCGACAGAAUGGACCACUCCAAGGUGGAGACAGAGACAGUGCUGAGCUUCGUGGACGACAUCAUCUCCGGUGCCAAGUCACCCUGUGCCAUGCCAGCCCAAGUGCCUGACAGACUCUCCUCCACCAUCUCCCUCAUCAUUCGCUGCCUGGAGCCCGACACCACCUACAUGUUCACACUCUGGGGAGUUGACAACACAGGAAGGCGUUCCAGGUCCAGUGAUGUGACGGUCAAGACCCCCUGCCCUGUGGUAGAUGAUGUGAAAGCUCAAGAAAUAGCAGACAAGAUCUACAACCUGUUCAACGGCUACACGAGCGGCAAGGAGCAGCAGACAGCCUACAACACUCUGCUGGAUCUGGGCUCCCCGAGCCUCCACCGAGUCCUCUACCACUACAACCAGCACUACGAGAGCUUUGGGGAGUUCACCUGGCGCUGUGAAGAUGAACUGGGGCCCAGGAAGGCCGGCCUCAUCCUCUCUCAGCUGGGGGACCUCAGCAGCUGGUGCAAUGGCCUCCUGCAGGAGCCCAAGAUCAGCCUCCAGCGCUCAUCCCUCAAGUACCUCGCCUGCCGCUACAGCGAGAUCAAGCCCUAUGGGCUCGACUGGUCGGAGCUCAGCCGGGACCUCAAGAAGACGUGCGAGGAGCAGACGCUGAGUGUCCUUUACAAUGACUAUGGGGACAAGGACUACUGAGGGUCACGGGCGCCCGCUCUCACGCUGGCCCUUCCCAUGGGCGUUUGUGAGGGUUUUAUACGUGGACCCGUGGAGGGGGAGGGUGUCACUGAUGUUUCUGGAGGCAAAAAUUUGGACUGGGGAGCAAAACUGACUGCUCUAUGCAGGACUGACUCAGUAUUAGUUUCUUCUUCGACUUGGGCAAAAGCCUUUCUAGUUAGAAGUCUUGUGGGACCCAGUUUUCUUGGUUUUGUUUUAUUCAUUUUGCCAAGAGGUUCCUCAGCACUGGUGGAGAGGGCAGGUUGGGAGGGCACAGCCCUCUCCUCCUGCCCCAUUCCUGCCCUGGCUGUGGGGACUGUCCCCAAGGGUGGAGGACACCAGUCAUGAGAGAAACACAGUGACACAACCAGGAUGGGAGAGCAGGUGAUGCAGGGUUGGGAAAAUGGAAGCAGGGCAUGCAGGUCAGGUGGAGAUGCUUAUGGUUAUGGCUGAGCUAAACAGCCAGUGGAUGGCCAACAGGGCUGGGAUGGGUUUUUUUGCAGCUGUGAAGCAUGAGGUCUGGAUGAGACAUGGCCAAGUGAUGGUGUCAUUGGUGAGCAGGGCUGACGCGGUGUCACCAUCUGGGGUGAGGAGAGAGGGGCCUUGGUGAGCCCAUCUCCUCAGGUUCUGUGCCAUGGUCAAAGCCCACGUGUGCUCCAAGAUGCAGAGUCCUCCAGAACAAAGGCAGCUUGGCCUCAGGGCCGGUGGUCAGCUGGACAUCACGAGCUUUCUUCUUGUGGGACCACGUUCCUAGGAAGUCAACUUUAAAAUCCCCUCCGUUACUUUUUGUUCUUUUUUUACCCACCAUAAUAAAGACUUCGAAGCAAUGUCAAACUGCUGCUGUGGAGAGGCCCAGCCAGGAGAGCAGCAACCAGAUGGUAUGGACAGGGUGGCCAUCUGCACCAGCCAACGUAGCUGUGGUGUAGCCCAGGCUCUGCAUGGGGAAGGGAGAGGAGUGCAGGGUACCCCAACACAGUGGUUCAGGAUGGUCCUGGAGGGCAUGGAAGGCAGGCUUCUGGGGGUAUUGCUUGCCUGUGUUCAGGCUCACAUCUGCAGCUCUCAGUGGCUUUUUUUUUAAAAACAGAGAGCUAGGGUUGUACUGGGACACUGGGCUUGGUUCGGAGCAAACUGUUCUCCAAAACCCUGUCACUGCUGAUGGUGUUGGAGGCAGAAAACAGCUUCCUUUCAGCUUCAGCUUCCAGCCUGGUUUGCAGAGGAGGCGUCUCUGGACUUGCCAGCUGCGCACCUUUGAUCUGGACAAGCCCGUAGCCCUACAGUGGGAUUUUUACGAUGCCUCUUCAGAGAGAAAUUUCCUUUUAAUUUUUUUCAGUCUUGGCAGGAGCAGUCUUCAGCCUGUCUCAUACAAUUUUCUGCCUCAUUCCUCCUCCUACCUGCCAAGGACAUGGUUCGAAUAUUUGCGUGGUGCUGAGAGGGAGGCGGCUGUGCUCUGCCGCCGGUCACAGCCCACAGCGCUGUAUCACAGCACUUUCUCAACAGCAGUAUCUCCCUAUAGGACCACACCGUGCUUUUCUCUUCCCUUUUAAUGGACAGACCUCUCCCCAGGGGCAACUGGCCUGGACUGGGGAGCUGCUGGGAGCAGCCACCAGCAGUCAGUAUUACCUGGGUAUCCCCGUGUCAUUGCUGUAAUGAAUGUGUCUAGCAGGGGUCGUCAGACAAGCGGCUGCUGUGUGCAAGAAAAAAGUCUGCUGGAUCCUU